CUUCCGCAUUGUAAUCCUACCGGAGCAGGUGAAGAAGGCCAAGUGCCAACAACAAACCGGCGUUUAUUCCUAUGUCGGCACAAAAACAGUAAAAAACAAACAAACAACCAGAGCCGUGACGGGACUCGGCUAUAUUUUCAGUGACUAGUGAAUCUUUUCUCUGCACAAUGAACAUAAGGAGGGUGGAAAGGACAGUUUUGAGCGUGGAGCAGUCGGAGGGACUCGGUGCUCGUGUCCGUAGAAGCAUCGGUAGAAAUGAGCUGAGAAACCUGGAUCCUUUCCUGAUGUUGGAUGAGUUCAGAGUGAGCAAGCCGGCAGGUUUUCCCGACCAUCCUCACAGAGGAUUUGAGACGGUAACUUAUGUUCUAGAGGGGGUUACAGCACAUGAAGACUUCUGUGGCCAUUCAGGACGACUGAAAGCUGGAGAUCUGCAAUGGAUGACUGCAGGACAGGGGGUGGUCCACGCUGAGAUGCCUUUGUCAGAGGAGCCGGUGGUGGGCUUACAGCUGUGGGUGAACCUGUCAAGACGAGACAAGAUGGUGGAACCGGCGUACCAGGAGCUUAAAGGCUCCGAGAUCCCCAAGCCGAGCCAGGGAGGAGUUACAGUUGCUGUGAUAUCUGGAGAAGCUUUAGGAGCAAGGUCUAAAGUCUACACAAGAACACCAACCAUGUACCUGGACUUCAGACUGCAGACAGGCGCCCUGCAUGUGCAGCCGGUCCCCUCAGGAUGGACGACGUUCAUCUACACGCUCUCAGGAUCCAUUCAUGUUGGUCCAGAUGAGGAGCAGCAGCAGGUGGAGCCUCAUCACACUGUGGUGUUCGGAGAUGGAGACUGCGUCAAAGUUGAAAACAAGGGCUCUGAUGUUUCACAUUUUGUGCUGAUCGCUGGAGAACCAAUCAAAGAGCCGGUUGUACAACACGGGCCGUUUGUAAUGACCACAGAAGAAGAGAUCACACAGGCUAUCAGGGACUACCAGACCGGCAGAAAUGGGUUUGAAAGAGCCGCAAACUGGAGGUCCAAGAUCAGAGACGCUUUCUGAACUGAGAGAUUCCUUUUUAUGUGUGAAAACACAAGUAUAUGUAUUUCUUUCAGGAUACGUUCUGUACAUAUUAACAGCACAUUUAGUACUUUCCAGCAUCUCCUUUAACUCGUUACAUGUCCAGAUGCUUCAUGCCCGUUUGUUUGCGCAGCAGUAAUCCCUUGUAAAAUAUAUAUUUUACGGAAAAUAAGCUUCCAACCGCUCUCCACUCCCCUUGUUAAAGUCAAGCUUUAUUACAUUUUCCUUCUGCUGUUUGAAAUAACACAGAAGCAGAGCUGUCAUGACAUUUACAUUGUUGUUAUGUAGAUAAUUUAGAAUACACUCCCCCAACUAAUGUACUUUUUUUUUACAUACUUGACAUACUUCUUGACAUACUUUACUUAAAUAUUUCCAUUUUCAGCUUGUCAGAGGGAAAUAUUGUACAACUUAAUCCCUCACAUGUAUUUGCACUAAUAGUUGUUUAAUAGUUUUAAGAAAUGCCUAAAAACUUUUCUCUUUCAAAAAGCCUUUUCUUAAAGGUAUCGUUGUGCUCUUGCUUAUAAACCUGUUUUUUUUAUCUUGCUGUACUCUGUAGCACCUUUUAACAAUGAAAAGUGCUUUACAAAUAAAAUGUAUUAUGAUUAUUAUUA